AAGCGGAUCCGGGGCCGGGAGUCGUCGGCCUCAGCGCUCGAGCCUCCGCCCGCACUGAGCCGCGGGACCCGGGCCGCACCGGGGAGGGGCCGCUCCGGGCCGCAGCGCGAGGGCAGCGAGGGACGGCGGGGACCCGGCACCGGGCGGAGCCGGCGGCAGCGACCAUGAUCGCUUUGUUCAACAAGCUGCUGGACUGGUUCAAGGCCCUGUUCUGGAAGGAGGAGAUGGAGCUCACGCUGGUCGGGCUGCAGUACUCGGGCAAGACCACCUUCGUCAACGUGAUCGCGUCAGGGCAGUUCAAUGAGGACAUGAUCCCCACAGUGGGCUUCAACAUGCGCAAAAUCACCAAAGGGAAUGUGACCAUCAAGCUCUGGGACAUUGGGGGGCAGCCCCGAUUCCGCAGCAUGUGGGAGCGCUACUGCCGAGGAGUGAGCGCCAUCGUGUACAUGGUGGACGCUGCUGACCAGGAGAAGAUCGAGGCCUCCAAGAAUGAGCUGCACAACCUGCUGGACAAGCCCCAGCUGCAGGGCAUCCCGGUCUUAGUCCUGGGUAACAAGCGAGACCUCCCCGGAGCUCUGGAUGAGAAGGAACUGAUUGAGAAAAUGAAUCUCUCUGCUAUCCAGGACCGAGAGAUCUGCUGCUACUCCAUCUCCUGCAAAGAGAAGGACAACAUUGACAUCACCCUACAGUGGCUUAUUCAGCACUCAAAGUCACGGAGAAGCUGAGACGGCAGCCCUUCUCCCUCAGACCAGGGACCGUGGUUGUGGAAAACUGAAGCCGAGCUCCCCGCCCAUCCCUUCGUCCCCCUAAGCGCACCCCUCCUCACUCAGCGAGGGGAAGGCCCUCUGGGGCUCCCAGAGCCCUGUUCUGCUGAGGUUUGAACUCCUGUUUUUAUUGUAUAAUAAAUCGACCCCCAUCUGGGCCUCCAGCCUCUCCCCUGCCCCUCUCCCAGGGUCCCCUCUCCCAGCCCGCUUCCCUCCCCUCUUGACAGCCCUGUCUCCCACCCCUGCCCCCUCGCUUCCCCCUCUUCCCUUUUCAACUCUCUGUUAGUGUCCUGUGUGUACAGUAUAUAUAUGUAUAUAUAUUUUAAUUUUUUAAUUUAAGCAAAGACUAAAAUCAACCAUUUGAUGCUGCAGGGGCCAUUCAGGAUCUGGGAGGGGGCAGUCUGGAGAGAAGGAAAGAGAUGCAGGGUCGGCUGGGGGCCAGUUCACAUCUGGAGGGGUGGAGGCUGACGCCUGGGGCAGGUACUGGCGUGGGCACUGGUGCCGCCCCCGUCCUGUAUUUCUGCCUCCUGCUCUGGCUUGUCGCUGCAUCCCACAGGUGGUGGGAGCCUAGGUAGCCACUUCCUCUCUGUCCCCAGCCUUGAUAGGGCCACCAGGUGCCAGAGAGCACCAGGCCUAGGGGCGGAAGCUGGUGUCCAUGCUGCCCCAGCACCCUGACCCCUGUUCCGGCCCCCAGCUCCUGCCCCCACCCAGGGCCCCCACCUCCAGGGCCCACCUCAUUUUCUGUUCUCAUUUUGCAGAGUUGCACAAGGAGAGAACUCAGCAUGGGGGGUUGGUUCUUUGGAUUUUGUUUUUUGUUGUUUUAUUUGUUUAAUGAUUUGUAAAGUGAUGUUCCUCUUCCUUUUUUACACUUUUCAGCUCAUAUUUAACCUCUGUUUGGAAAAUGAUUCCUGUAACUGUACAUUUUUUUCCUCCUAAUAAUAACAAUAAAUUUCCAAUCUUGUGUUG